UUUAGUAGGCCUCAGUGUAUGGAAUACAAGAGACAACAACUUUCGGAUAAACACUCUACCUUGAACUUGAAAAACGCAACUACAUGUCCUGACCAGGCUGACCUUGAUUCCCCAAGCAAUCUCUACGAUGGUUCCAUUACUACAAGACUCGCCUGUUCCAACAGACAGUAUUUUAACACAUAGUACCAAGCCCGGUACCAUGGGACGCAGCGAGUCAUCUGCAUCAUCAGCAACAGAGGAUGAAUAUUCAACUUUGAGUGAAACUUCAUUGUCUGAAGGGGCAGCAGAAACUAAAGAACACGGGAUUCAUGAGCAAAAGCCAGGUCUUCACAAAGUUCUACUGGAGCUUUUUGAAGAAAACAUCUUUGCCAAGCCCUGUCGUGCCGCAAGUAGAGUCUUGCAAGAUUUUAAUCCGGCGCGCGAAGGUUUUCCCGAAAUCGUCCCUCUGCAAGGCCCUAGACAAGGGCAAUGGGAACUUCGCGAACCCGAGUUCUGGACCUGCGGCUUUUUUCCAGGAACGCUGUACGCUUUACUCGAGCGAUCCAUCAGAUAUCCGGGAUCUUUGAGAGCCGACAGCACCGAACUUGCAUCAUCCACAAUCAUCAGGAACCAUUUACUUCCGCUGUGCAAGUCAUGGUCUGAACCACUUCAUGCCAUGGCUAGCAGAACAGACACCCACGACAUUAGCUUCAUCAUCAUGCCGGCACUCCGAAGAGACUGGGAGCUAUUUGGGAGUGGGCGUAGUUUGGCGUCUAUCGUACAGGCGGCUCGCAGCUUGGCUACCCGCUAUGUGCCAUCUUCUGGUGCUAUUCGCAGCUGGGAUUGUCUUUUGAAAAAGGACAUCACCGUCACAGACAUGGAAAACAAUCUCCUCGUCAUUAUCGAUAGCAUGUGUAAUCUCGACCUGCUAUUCUAUGCUGCUGCCCAGACUGGGGAGCAGAGACUCGCUGAUAUUGCUGCAACUCAUGCGACGACACUGUUGAAGACGCAUCUUCGACCAGAGAGUGUGAGGUCUAAGGCGAAACACGGAUAUCAGGGUCAGCUCUACUCGACAUGUCAUGUUGCAAACGUUACCCCCCAGACUGGAGAUUUGAAAUGGCGAUGCACCGCUCAGGGCUAUGCUAAUGACUCCACAUGGUCGAGAGGUCAAGCCUGGGCUAUUCUUGGUUAUACACAAGCUUACAGCUGGACUAAAAGUGAAAGGUUCCUCGACGCAGCUUGCGGAUGCGCCGAGUAUUUUCUCCGCAGACUAGAAACAUCCCCUUCUUGCGUCGAGCUUCCGGUUGAAUCUGGAGAAGGACAUAAAAACGUCCGGAAAGGACGACACGUGCCACUCUGGGACUUUGAUGCGCCCAUUGAGAAUCCUCAAGAGCCCCUUCGCGAUUCAUCGGCUGGUGUCAUUGCUGCAAAUGGAAUGCUAUUGCUAUCCCAAGCUCUUGCUGCGUUGGGUAGACACAGAUUGUCCCACCACUUCUUCGAUGCAUCCAUCGAAAUCAUUAAAGACACGCUGGAUGUGUCUCUCGCUACCGAGAAGGCCAAGUUCACCACUCCUGGAAAGGAUAAGACGUCUAUGGAGGUGGAGGACGUCGUCCUGGGGGCGACAUUUGAUGCUCUUUUGAAGCAUGGGACAGCUAAUAAUAAUGAAAACGCGAGAAGACGGUAUGCCAACCACGGCUUAGUAUAUGGCGAUUAUUAUCUUGUCGAGUUUGGGAACCUUCUUUUGAGCAUGGGGCUAGCCUAGUUAUUAGUUCUCUUGGCUAUAGCAAUAG